AUGCCUAGGGACAGUCAUCUGCUCACACCUAUGAGCAGAGCGCUUCUUCGCGCCGCUCGAGCCGGUUGUAUCUACAUCCGCAAAGCGCAAAAGGAGCCAGAGGAUGAAGAGAAAGAAGCUACUGACGUCGAGGAACAACCGAUGAUACAAAGCACGGACCGGAGCUUUACUGCGCGCAAGUGGGCAGCGCUGCCUAGACACCUGGAGCCACCAGAGGUGGAAUUUCUGGCCAAGAGACGACCGGGCUUACCAUCACUCUACGGCGCUUCAACUACGGGUGUGGACGGUGCGGCGAACAAUGUUCCGAUGAGGAGAACUCGUUUCAAGAAGGUCGACCCGGUUACUGGUAACAUUUCCAUCUACGAGGCGUGGGUGCCAGAGGGACACAAGAUUGAAGGCGAAAUCACCGAUGAAGCUCAAGUGAGAGCCGAAAACAAGGAGGUCGCUGUUAUUCCGGAGGCCCCUGCACCUGGGACGGUUGUCGAAGGCGUUGGUGUGGUCAACGCUGAGGGUGUGGUUGUUGCAGAAGCAGGCUCCGUCUCUGUCAUGACGCCCCCGAAAAGACGCCCACCUCCUCCCAAGCGCAAGGCCAAGGGUUUCGGGAAGGGACGCAGGAAGAAGGUCAUGUUCGCGCCAGGAGAUGGGGCUGAUGCUGCGCUUGUCCAUGGUUCUGGCGCCAGUACGGCAGAUGGCGCCACAGAUUCCGGGUUUGCUAAACCGGAUCCGGACGCGUCCCGCUUGUCUGUAGAUCAAAGCGGCCAGGAUGAUGAAGAGGAGGAGGGUGACGAGGGCGAAGAGAGUGAUGAGGGUGACGAGUCGAUGUUGGACGCGAAGACACCAGAAACCCCACUCGCACAGCCUGAGUCUGUACCAGCGGGUGAUGCGCCGUCUAUAUCUGACGCUGAAGCUGCUCAGGAAUCUUCAAGAGCUAUCAAGGAGGAAAAUGAUGAGUCUCAAACAGUUGCUCCAGAGGGCCUAUCGAGCUUGGCCAAGGAACCCUCUACCCAUACGAAUGCGCAGCCAUCGGCGCCCUCCGCCAAACCCCCUAGUCCUCAAGCCCAAGCGUCACCGUCCGCUGAGGUGUCUGCUCCUGCCCCUUCGAUUCAACCUGAAGCUACAGCUGUGUCCGAAGAGCCGACACAGGCAGUCGUUACCGAAGAUGUUGUUAUGUCCGAUGCGCAACCUCCAGUCUCUCUUCAAGAUGAUAGUCUGGCAACUGUACCUCAGCAACAUCCAGAACGUCUGUCUUCAGAUGCUCAGGAGAUGACUGAGCCCGCUCACAAAAGUCCUGUUUCCCAACCGCUUCAGGAAGUGUCUCAAACUUCAGGGCCGGGCCCGUCUCCACCUGUCGAGGGCGCGCAUCGGACAGAAGUUCAGACAGAGAUCACAGAGAAGUCGGUGGAGCCAAGUCAGGCUACUCCAAAUGAAGCAAUGACCCAGGAGGUAGCCGAGGCGGGUGAUGUAGUAAUGGAGGACUCUGAAGCCGUUGCAUCAGCUCCUGCGACUGAGCCGAUCCCGCUGAAAGAAACUGUGGCUGAACAAGCUCCCAGUUCUGCAGUUGAAUCUCAACCGGCCGAUACUGAGACACGCAGCAACGAGGUUGAUCUUCUUGGUAGCUUGGAAGCUAGUCUGGGUGGCGCGGUUCGCGAUGCACAGACUGACGGAUCAGCCUCAUUGCAAACUGAUCCACAAGCGGGAGUUAUGGCUGCUGAGAGCACCGCGACAAAUGCCGCAGGGGAAGUUGGAGAAACUGUCACAGAUGAGCCUCAACAACAGCCUUCAGAGAACGUUGAAGAGCAACCUGCAAAAGAGAUCCCAGAGCAGAUUGUCGAAUCUGCUCCUGUUGAUGCAGAGCAAAAGGCCAUCGAACAGCCCAGUGAACCUUCCCUAGAACCCAGCACGAUAUCUAUUCCAGAGCAGCCUGAGCAGGAGAUGACAGAGCCUACCGCGGAAACUGCGGCGAAUGAUGCUAUAGAAGAGCUUAAACAAGAAGCACCUGCGGCUCAGCCUCGCGAAGAAGUUCCCGAAGCACCAUCAGCUGUAGAUGCAGAGCCUGUUGCUCAACCCGCAGAGAACGAGGCUACCGAAUCCGUCACACCACAGGUGAUCGAGCCUGCAACGGAUUCUAGCAUGGUGCCUUCUACAGAACCUUCUGCUGAAGCCCCUUCAGAUGAAUCAGCUGCGCCGCCUACAGACCAACAAUCCCCCGUUCCAACCCCUGAGCCGCAUGCAGAAAAACCGGCGCAAGCUUCGCCGGAGCAAUCGACUCAACCAACUGAGCCGCUUCCCCCUUCAACCACAGAGCAGACACCUCCGCAACCCACACAUCCCUCGCCGGAACACAUGGCACCACCAACAGAGCCUCUCACCCCUCCAAGUCCAGAAUUUGAACAAAUCGAGGAAUCCUCUCAAGAGCAACCCCAGAAUCAGGCACCCGUAACGGACGUUCAAGAACCACAACCCGCUCCGCCCGGUGAACCUCAAACCCCCGAGGUUCCUUCUUCAGCUCCUGCACCAAGUGCACCUGAAGUUACCGAGCCAUCGACGCAACCGAGCGACGCUGCUCCGUCCGACAACGAUGCUGCUCCCCAGCCUAUCGCCGAGCAGGCAAAGGUAGAACCUGAAAGCAAGGAGGGCGGAGAGGAGGCACCUGCACCGUCCGCCUCUGACGUUAGCGCAGCAUAG